UCGGCAGCCAAUGUUUUGUGCGGGAGGGCUAUGAGGAACGUGUUCACAAGGACUCGUCUGAAUACGGUUGCGUACAGUCAUUACUCGGUGGCCGGAGAACGUAGAGUGUUUCAUUGCUUACCAAUUAAAAAUAAUUAUUUAGAUAAUAAGCGAUAGUAAGGGUUGAGAGUUUCAUCGAAGCUUCUCAAGAAACUGGGUGCAAUCGCCGGAAGAAACAUGGCUAUGUUAUGGAGGUGGAACACCAAAAGCAUCAGAUCUGCGGGAAACGUGGUGUCAUACAUCCAAAAGGCUUUCUUGAAAAAUGAGCUCCCUGCAGUGCAGAUACCUGGCAUAACAGCACAAGCACAAAAAAAAAAUCAGAGGUUUCCUGAAAAUAUUGAAUGGCCUGAGGAAUUGGAGUGGGUAAACACCAAUAGUCACAGACAGCCGCUGCGGCCGUACCAGCCGCCGGCCGACCUGCAGGACCAGCUGUCGGCCGUGUUCGACGACCUUCUGGGCAGCGGCCACCACAGCGGCACGCCCGUCGGCGACCUGGCCGCCAAGCACCGCCUGCUGGUCACGUGCGCCGACAGGCUGGGCCAUCACGUCACCAACAGCCAGCUGCACCAGAUCCGCACGCUGGGAGACGUCAUGCGGUACUACGCCACACCGGUGCGCACAUCAACCCCUCUGGAGCAGAUGAAGGAGCAGGACCUGCCGAAGAACCUGCAUAUUCAGCUGGACUACGUGCGAUUCCACCCAGAAACUGAUACCAAGUUCGGUGGUGUGUCUGCUUUCCCGAAAAGCUCAACGGUGGUUUCGUCGAUCAAGUAUAAGAACAAGUACAAGGGGUACACUGCCAGAAAAUCCUGGCCAUACACCAGUUCCUGAUGUUCUCAAAGCCUGGCGUAUUCGUUUGAAACAUUAUUUACAUCGUUUUCAUUUGCUGAACAGACUGAAAUAAAUGCUGAUAUGUCG